ACAGGAGCAGUGAAAAGAAUAGAAAGUCCAAAGAGAGGUCACCUGCGGACAGAACAAGUAGCAAACAGACAGAAUUCCUUAAGUGCUGAUCAACAUGUCAAAUCAAAAUAAUGUGGGAUCACUGCCUCGUCCACAGCUUUUUGACUUUGAUGGAGUUGCAAUGAUCAAGGCUUUUACAGACAACUGGGAAAAUGUGCAAAACUUUCAAGCUCGACCGGAUGAUAUAGUUGUUGCAACAUAUCCCAAAGCAGGAACAACAUGGGUCUCCUGCAUACUGGACCUGCUCUAUUUUGGACAGACAGCUCCAGAGCGGCAGACCUCCAUCCCUAUCUAUGAAAGAGUGCCCUUUUUGGAAAUGUCCAUCUCUAACCCUGAUGAAGGUAUCAACUUAGUGGGAGUAGAUAUGGUCCACAAACUCACCACAACACCACGUUUAAUUAAAACUCAUUUUCCAGUACAAUUUCUUCCGAAGUCAUUCUGGGAGCAUAACUGCAAGAUUGUGUAUGUGGCCCGUAAUGCUAAGGACAACAUGGUGUCCUAUUACCACUUUGAUCGCAUGCUUGCAAUCCAUCCUCUACCUGGAGAAUGGAGUGACUACUUCCAGAGAUUUUUAGAUGGACAAAUGGUAUUUGGAUCAUGGUAUGACCAUGUAAACGGCUGGUGGCAGAAGAAAAAGACCUACUCAAAUCUGCAUUACAUGUUUUUUGAGGACCUUGUUGAGAACACAGAACUGGAAAUAAAUAAACUGUGCAGCUUCCUUGGGCUGUCAGUUAGCCCAGAGAUUGAACAACACAUCACAGGCCAAGUCCAGUUUGACAACAUGAAGGAGAACAAGAUGACCAAUUACUCCACAUUAAGCGGUGCAGUUAUGGAUUUCAAAACAUCUCCCUUCAUGAGAAAAGGAAAAGUUGGUGACUGGAAAAAUCACUUCACUGUGGCCCAAAAUGAGAAGUUUGAUGAAGAUUAUAAACAAAAAAUGAAGGACCCGUCGCUGCAGUUUCGCUCAUUUUUAUGAAUGAAAACAUAUUUGUUAAUCUUUGCCUCUGUAAAGCAGCAACGUGGGAGAAGUUGGGAAAUCACCACUGGGUGGUGCUCUAUACAAACAUUUUUACAAUUUUUUUUAUUAUGAUUUUGAAACUUGAUUAGCCAUCUCCUGUCCUUGCAGUCAAAUGCAAUUAAAAUCCCCCGAAAAAUAAGUUACAUUUUUACAUUCAGUAACAAAACGUAUCCUAACCCUAACCCUAAAUGAAGUAAUAGUAAUCUGUUAUCAUCAAUAUUUCACACAAAUAUAGUCAAACAGACUGUGUGCUAGAUAAAAAUUGAUUCUGGUGAUAAUUGUAUUUUGUGUUAAUGGAUUGUAUCUUGAGAAUGCAUUAUGCCUUAAAAACAAUAUCAUGAUGUCUGAACUUUUUUCAUCGAGAUCUGCAGUAGAAAAUGACAGCUCUACAGUCACAGUGGAUUUGAUUUAAUGCUACUUAAAUGAAUAAAAC